UAACAAGUAGUACUAGUAUCCGACAUCCCGACCUAUUUCUCUUCCCCUUUUAUGGCUUUAUCCUCUCCCCUGCUUCCUAGAGUCCAUCGUGAGAGUUUGUCAUUCUUAUCGCGAUUUUCAAAAUCAAAUGCUACCCAUAAUUGAAUUAUAAUCAUUAUUGCAUCCCCUCUUCUUCCCUGCUUUAUCUUUAUCGUGCGCAUUAGAGAGAGAGAGAAAGAAAUGGCUCAGAUUCCUAGUUUGGAGAAUGCUCCCGUAAAUCUUACUUCUUUAAGAGAUCAAUCUCAAAGGGAGCUCAUUUAUAUACUAAAGAAUAUACGAGGAAAGAAGUGUUUAAUCAUUGAUCCAAAGCUUGGAGGUUCAAUCUCUUUAAUUAUUCAGACAUCCAUACUAAAGGAACAUGGGGUUGAAUUGCGGCUUCUUACUUCUGAACCAAUUCAGACAGAUUGCACUAAAGUUCUUUACCUUGUGCGAGCUCAGCUCAAUUUAAUGAAACUAAUUUCUGCACAUGUUCAGAAUGAUAUAUCUAAAGGCCUUCAAAGAGAGUAUUUUACUUAUUUUGUUCCUCGCCGAUCUGUUGCAUGUGAGAAGGUACUUGAGGAGGAGAAAGUACAUCACCUCAUGACCAUUGGGGAGUACCCGCUAUAUAUUGUUCCUUUGGAUGAAGACGUGUUGUCAUUUGAACUUGACCUUGCCUACAAAGAUUGGGUAGUUGAUGGAGAUGCAAGCUCUCUCUGGCAUAUAGCAAAAGCAAUCCACAAGCUUGAGUUUUCUUUUGGACUGAUACCGAAUGUGAGGGCCAAGGGAAAGGCAUCAGUACGUGUAGCUGACAUUCUUAAUCGAAUGCAAGCAGAAGAUCCUGUCAAUUCAUCUGAUAUGGGGAUGCCAGAGAUAAAUACGCUUAUCCUCAUUGAUAGGGAGGUGGACAUGGUAACUCCUAUGUGUUCCCAGCUAACUUAUGAGGGCUUGCUGGAUGAGUGCCUUCAAGUCAAUAAUGGUGCUGUUGAGUUGGAUGCAUCUGUAAUGGGUGUUCAACAAGAAGGAAAAAAAGUAAAGGUUCCUCUUAAUUCUAGUGACAAGCUAUUCAAAGAGAUACGAGAUUGUAACUUUGAAGCUGUUGUGCAGGUUUUGCGUCAAAAAGCAACAUCUAUGAAACAAGACUACACAGAGAUGACGACUACUUCUCAAACAGUGUCUGAACUGAAGGACUUUGUGAAGAAGCUGAAUUCGUUGCCUGAAAUCACUAGACAUAUAAAUCUUGCUCAACAUUUGACAACAUUCACAUCAAAACCUGCAUUUCUUGCCCGUUUGGACAUGGAACACACCAUAGUGGAGGCCCAGAGCUAUGACAUAUGCCUUGACUACAUUGAAGAAAUGAUCCACAAGCAGGAGCCUCUUGUCAAUGUCCUCCGGUUUCUUGUCUUGCUUUCUGUUACAAAUGCUGGGAUACCAAAAAAGAAUUUUGAUUACCUAAGGAGAGAGUUUCUUCAUAGUUAUGGCUUUGAGCACAUGGCUACCCUCUAUAAUUUAGAGAAAGCUGGAUUAUUUAAAAAACAGGAGACAAAGAGCAACUGGUUGACAGUCAAACGCGUGUUGAACCUUGUAUCAGAGAACGUCGAUACAUUCAACCCUGAUGAUAUUGCUUAUGUCUUCUCUGGAUAUGCACCUCUUAGCAUUCGCCUUGUACAACAUGCAAUUCGAUCAGGAUGGCGUCCAAUAGAAGAAAUUCUUAAGCUAUUGCCUGGACCACACUCAGAAUCCAAACGAAGUGGAUUUGCUAACAGUCCAUCAUUUGAUGUCUCAUCGGGAGCCUUGCCUAGUAUAGACAGAUUGGGUGAUGGAAGACGCUCAACAGUGCUGGUUAUUUUCAUGGGAGGCGUAACAUUUGCCGAGAUUUCAGCUCUUCGUUUUCUGAGUGCUCAAGAAGGAAUGUCGUACGACUUGAUCAUUGGCACGACAAAGGUUUUGAAUGGCAAGACCCUGGUUGAAGAGUUCAUAGAGAAAUUGGUGUGAUUCAUUCUCAUUUUGAUUAAGAAGAACAUAUGAUUGUAUUUCCUGUUUAUUAUGAGAAUGAAUACUAAUAUAAGCUAAUGUCCAACAAUGGAGCAUGUUUUGUUUUGUGGUUUUAUUUAUUUAUUUAUUUGCAGAGUGUUUUGAAAUGUUAAAAGUUUGUUUUUACCAUGGUCACAUUCUACUCAUCAAUACUAUAUUCCUCUUGU